AAGUUUUUAAGUUUAGUUUUGUGAUGAUGGAGUCCGAUACAGCAGAAAAUUCUGAUCAAAUGGAUCAACCCUCUACGUCGCGGGUCACAACUCCUAUAAAAAAGAGGAAGAUUCGGCAUGAAAUAAAACAAAUAUCCUAUGAACAAAAGUUUAAAGAACAAUGGUUGGAAGACCCUAAAUUUGCGAAUUGGUUAAAAAAACACCCUGGCAAUGAAACCCUUUGUAUAUGUAGUACAUGCGAAUCGACUUUGAAAUGUGGGAAAUCCGAAUUGGAGAAACAUUUAGUAACUGAGAAACAUAAAAAAAAUCAUAUAAAAAAAGAGGUGUUAUGUCAUUAGACGCCUUUGUAGAAAAGAAGUCCGGACAUUCUCAAAAAGUAUCGGAGGCAGAAAUCAAAUUGUCCUCGUUUUUUGCCCACCACAAAGUGGCUUUUGAAGUAGUGGAUCAUCUGAUAUCCAUUCUAAAAGACAGUUUCCCAGAUUCCAACAUAUUGAAGGAUGUGAAAUUGAGACGCACUAAAACGACAAGUGUGAUAAAGAAUGUCAUUGCUAAGAAAGAAAGCGAAGAUUUGGCCGUAGUUUUGCAACAAAACUUCUUCAGCGUACUUAUUGAUGAAAGCACCGAUAUAUCGGCUAAUAAACUUCUAGGCGUGAAUGUAAAAUUUGUUAAUAACAGCGGCUUAGCAUGCGACCGAUUGCUAAAAGUAAUAAGUGUCGACGCUAAAAACGCUAACGCUGAAAAUUUGUAUACUGCCUUUAAAGAAUGUUUAAUAUCUCAAAAUAUACCCAUAAAAAAUGUUAUAGGUCUUGCUUGCGAUAAUGCUAGUGUAAUGCUUGGCAAAAAUAACUCAUUUUUAACAAGGCUUCGUAAAUGCCUUGAUAGUCUUACCAUGUAUUUGCCAUUCAUCAGCACUUGUUGCGAGCAGUGUCUGUUCAAAGUUGCCUCGAACGCCGGAAGAAUUUGUAAGAAGUAUUGCCAGUUAUUUUUCCUAUUCUUCAAAAAGAACAGCUCAGCUUAUGUAAAUGCAACUUCUUUCAAACUGAACAAAAAAAAUGUUGAAAUUGUCAACAACAAGGUGGCUUUCGAUCCAGCAUUCUGUACAAAGAGUUUUGGAUAACUGGCUAGUACUUUUUCAGGUUGCUAAAGUUGAAGAAAAUUCAAAAUCUGUAGAUUUCAUAUAUGAAGAAUUUAACAAUCAUUGCACUAAAGCAAUCCUGUUAUUUUUAAGCUAUAUUUUGAAUUUUUUUAAUACCUUCAAUGAACUAUUCCAGAG